CUCAGCUUUAAUACACAAUCAUUUUCAUCUCAAUCUCAAUCUCAAUCGCAGAGAGAGAAACUCAAAGCCAUGUCAGGAAGAGGCAAAGGAGGAAAGGGUUUAGGAAAGGGUGGAGCGAAACGACACCGUAAGGUUCUGCGCGAUAACAUCCAGGGAAUCACAAAGCCUGCGAUUCGUCGUCUCGCAAGACGUGGUGGUGUGAAGCGUAUCAGUGGCUUAAUCUAUGAAGAAACUCGUGGCGUUCUCAAGAUCUUUCUUGAGAAUGUGAUUCGUGAUGCUGUCACAUACACAGAGCAUGCUCGCCGUAAGACUGUUACUGCAAUGGAUGUUGUUUACGCUCUCAAGAGGCAGGGAAGGACUCUUUACGGUUUCGGGGGUUAGGGUUUCUUGUAUUGAAAUUUUCAAAUUUGAUAUAUAUAUUUUGUAACCGCACUUGAGCUCUAGCAUUAACGAUGAUUAAUUGCUUUGAUAAGAGUUGUUAAACGUUGAUUUGAAUUUUCAAUCCAGUAAUUAAUUUCAUGAA